AUGUCACAGCUACAAGUACUAUUCAAUCGGGCUAUAGAGCCUCUCCCGGCGAUUACGGACAAGAGCUUCGCAACUCACUUCGACAUUUAUGCUGAUCGGCAACUCAUUCUUCUAGGCGAUAGUAGCCAUGGCACUUCCGAGUUUUACCAUGCACGAGCUGAGAUUACCAAGAGAUACAUAAAGGAACACGGCUUCACCAUGGUUGCCGUGGAAGCCGAUUGGCCCGAUGCCGAAGCUAUUGACCGAUAUGUGCGCAUGCGAGUCGGUCCUCGGGCGCAGAUCGGUGGCACGGCAAAUGGAUUCGAGCCUUUCAAGCGCUUCCCGACGUGGAUGUGGCGUAACCGCGAGAUGCAGGAUCUCGUGGAAUGGAUGCACGACUGGAACAAAGACUUACCACCAAGCAAGCGCGUCGGCUUCUACGGCCUCGAUCUAUACAGCAUGGGAACGUCAAUACAAGCUGUGAUUGACUAUCUUGACGGCGUGGACCCAGAAGCGGGCAAGGAAGCACGAAGACGUUAUGGAUGCCUUGCGCAAUGGACGGAGGAUCCAACGGAAUAUGGCCUGGCUUCGUUGCGCGGAUUGAAAGACUGCGAGAGCGAGGUGCUGAUGAUCCUGCGUGGUCUCUUGGAGAAACGACUUCAGUAUAUCGGAGAAGAUCCCGAAGGUCGCGACGAAUAUCAUAGUGGGAGUGAGAAUGCUUAUCUUGUGCGUGAUGCAGAGAAAUACUAUAGGGCGAUGUAUUGGAGUGAAGCUAGUUCGUGGAAUUUGAGAGACACCCACAUGUUCAAUACGUUAUUACGUCUCCUACAGCAUCGUCCUCCGCCAGCAAACAAGGCUAUUGUAUGGGCUCAUAAUUCGCAUGUUGGAGAUGCUCGCUGCACCAGCAUGGGUAUUCGUCGCAGUGAGAUCAACAUUGGCCAACUGUGCAGAGAGCAUUUUGGUCGAGGUAAUGUUGCUAUUAUUGGCUGUGGUACUCACACGGGCACUGUCGCUGCAGCUCAUGAAUGGGACGACGAUAUGCAUAUCAUGGACGUUCGUCCUUCGAGAGAAGACAGCUGGGAGAUAAUAGCUCACGACACUGGUGUGCCGAGCUUUCUGCUUGACCUCCGACGAGAUCAUCUUGAUCCUAUCCUUCGAGCUGCUCUUGCCAGAGAAAGCCGUCUCCAGCGUUUUAUCGGUGUGAUUUAUCGACCUGGCACUGAAAGAGCCUCUCAUUAUUCCCAUGCGAUUCUCCAUAUGCAGUUUGAUGGAUACGUUUGGUUCGAUAAAACCGAGGCCGUGAGGCCGUUGGAGAUUAUUCAGCCCAAGACAGCUCUUGGGAAAGAGGAAACCUAUCCUUUUGGGCUUUAA